AUGGCGAAUCAUGAGAGCGGAUCCGAGCAUGAAGACGUAGAAAAGAUUGUACGUGAAGCUCCAAAGCGUCUAGUUAAAAGAUCUACCAAGAAGAAGCAGGAAAAGAUUACGCAUGUAGCCAAGUAUACAAGAAGUGGUGCCAUUUCACCGCAUCGUAUUCGCAAUAUCCGUGACAAGAAGCUACGAGGAUCUUUACAGCGAGCUCAUGAGAAAAACACACUUGCAGCUGAGUCUGCUGCCAAGUCUGAGAUUUUAUUACCAGAUCAAGUUGGAUUUCUAGAGCCUGAAGGUCUUGAGAAGACGUAUAAAGUCACACAGAAACAACUUGCAGAGAAUGUGGACCUGAAUACAGCACGUAAGAUCUUUAGCUUGGACUUGCCUGAAUAUGGCUCGUAUCGAGUUACAUACACACGUAAUGGACGUAAUCUGCUGCUUGGUAGUCAAAAAGGUCAUUUGGCACAAAUGGAUGCACUGCGCAUGAAACUCACGUGUGAAUUCCAGGCGAAUGACUUGGUCCGUGAUAUCACUUUCUUGCACAAUGACUCACUCUUUGCUGCAGCUCAAAAGAAACACGUGUAUAUUUAUGACAAUACGGGCGCUGAAGCGCAUUGUAUUCGUACUAUUCCAGAGCCUCGGAAAAUGGAAUUUCUACCUUAUCACUUUCUGCUCUCGACUGUAAGUGGUAAUGGAUUACUAAGCUAUCAUGAUGUGACGGAAGGAAAGCAAGUGUCAACGCAUCGUACGAAGCAGGGACUUUGUGACACCAUGGCGUUGAAUCCCUGGAACGCUGUUGUAAACCUUGGUCACGCGAGCGGAAUUGUAACAUUGUGGACGCCGAAUAUGUCGGAGGCUGUUGUCAAGAUGCAAUGUCAUCAAGGACCGAUUCGCUCUAUGGGUAUUGACAGUAGUGGAAAAUAUCUGGUCACCGCUGGUGCUGAUAGAAAAGUGAAGGUAUUUGACUUGCGCAAAUAUGAAGAGUUAAACAGCUACUACCUGACGGCGGCAGCUAACACUAUGAGUGUGAGUCAGCGUGGACUUGUGGCUGUGGGUUUUGGUCCGAACGUGCACGUACUCAAGGGCGCUUUCUCGUCAGGCGCUCCUAUUCGACCAUACAUGACGUACCAGAUUUCAGGCUCAUUGAUUAGCUCGAUUGCAUUUCGUCCAUUUGAAGACGUGCUUGGUGUUGGUCAUGCGAAGGGCUUUAACUCGAUAGUAAUUCCUGGCGCUGGUGAGCCUAACUUUGAUACGUACGAGGCGAACCCGUACGAGAACCAUAAGCAGCGUGAUGAGGCUGAGGUACGCUCGCUUUUGGAAAAAAUUCGUCCGGAAAUGAUCACACUAGAUCCCAAUGCCAUUGGUCGUGUGGACAUUGACCCAGCCGAGGAGCAGCAGAAAAAAAUCUACCAGAUGCAGCGUGCUAACGGGAACAGUAGUGCUAAGAAGCCGAAGAAGAAAAUGCGUGGUAAGAACCGUCCAUCCCGGCGACUACGCAAGAAGCAGCAGAAUGUCGUUGACAUACAGAAGCAGCAGUUCCGUGAGCAGUUGGCAAACAAGCAAAAACGAGAAGACAGGCAGAAGCAGCAGCGCGAGUGGAACGAAAAGGCUGAGAGCGCGCCCACGGCACUCAAUCGGUUUUUUAAGAAGUAG